CCUCCACUUCUUCUUCUUCUUCUUCUUGUGCUCCUCGGCGCAGCAGCAUCUGUCCGCAGACAGACAGGUGACCGUGGGGCCGGGCUGUGGGAGGGAUGAGGAGCCAGUCACAGACGGCUCGUGCUCUCAGCAGAGUUAUUUCGUGCACUCAGCAGCGCGUGCGGUGCCGCUUUGACGCCUUCUCCUUUGUGUCCCCACAUCCUGAGUCCAGGCUCGAGGAAACUAUUAAAGCUGCCUGAUCUCCAUCCGCAGGUGUGACCACAUUUAUCUGUUGUUAUUUACUCAAGUAUGACAUCAGAGCCGGCUGGGCUGGGUCCUUCACGGCUCCACACACGGAAUACCGGGAUAGCCUGACGGAGUCUUCCUCUCCUGCUCCUUCCUCCAGCUGUGUGUGAACACGCACCGAUGCUGUGUGUUUCUUUGUUUCCUCUCUCAAAUCCCGGAAUGGGUUCUCGAGCAACAAGCGACCGUGGCUGCGUGCAGCGGCGGCAGCAGCUCUGCGCACACUUCACAGGGAUAACGCAUUGGUGAAUCAGUGGCUGAGCUUGCUUUGGAUGUGUGUGUGUGAGAGAGUGUGUGUGUUUGUGUUUGUGUUUGUGUGUGUGAACCUGCGGGAUUACUGUAGUCUCAUAUUGUCGUUUUUCUCCGCGGGAUCGAGGACAGGAAUGAACUCGGGUGUUGGAUUUGUAAAACUAUCCUAAGAAGUGUCUGCACCUGCAGAGGCUCCGCGUUUUCCAGCCGGAGUCGGUGUUGGAGCUGCUGUGGUUCAACUGUUGGUGUGUGUGUGUGUGUGUGUGUGUGUGUGUGUGUGGGUGUGUGUGGUGGGGGGCAGAUCCGAUCAUGGGCAGACCAUCUGAUAAUGCCCCCCAACUGAAAGCGGGUCUGACACUCCGGGUGUUGUGGAUGCUUCACGCUUUCCUGGACCUGGCCGGCUCCCAGGAGAUUUACGCGCCGCACUCGAUCCGGGUGGAGGGCGACGUGACGCUGGGGGGGCUCUUCCCGGUCCACGCCAGGGGGGUCCCGGGGAUGCCGUGCGGGGACAUCAAGAAGGAAAACGGCAUCCACCGGCUGGAGGCGAUGAUGUACGCCCUGGACCAGAUCAACGGCGACGAGGAGCUGUUGCCCAACGUCACCCUGGGCGCCCGGAUCCUGGACACCUGCUCCCGGGACACGUACGCGCUGGAGCAGUCGCUCACCUUCGUCCAGGCGCUCAUUCAGAAGGACACGUCGGACGUGAGGUGCACCAACGGGGAGCCGCCGGUGUUUGUCAAACCGGAGAAAGUUGUCGGGGUCAUCGGAGCGUCGGCCAGCUCCGUGUCCAUCAUGGUGGCCAACAUCCUGCGCCUCUUCCAGAUCCCUCAGAUCAGCUAUGCAUCCACGGCACCGGAGCUCAGUGACGACCGGCGGUACGACUUCUUCUCUCGGGUGGUCCCUCCGGACAGUUUCCAGGCCCAGGCCAUGGUGGACAUCGUCAAGGCCAUGGGCUGGAACUACGUCUCCACUGUGGCGUCAGAGGGCAGCUACGGGGAGAAAGGAGUGGACGCCUUCAUGCAGCUCUCCAGGGAAGCAGGUGGAAUCUGUAUCGCUCAGUCACUGAAGAUCCCUCACGACCACAAACCCUCCGACUUUGAUAAAAUCAUCCGUCUGCUGCUGGACACUCGGUACGCCAGAGCCGUCAUCCUGUUCGCCUCCGACGAGGAUAUCAGGGGGAUCCUGAACGCCAGUAAGCGAGCGGACCAGGUGGGUCACUUCCUGUGGAUCGGCUCCGACAGCUGGGGAGCCAAGAACAGUCCCAUCCACCAGCUGGAGGACGCAGCUGUGGGCGCCGUCACCAUCCUGCCGAAGAGAGCCACCAUCAGCGGGUUCGAUGCGUACUUCAUGUCGCGGACUCUGGAGAACAACAGGAGGAACGUGUGGUUUGCUGAGUACUGGGAGGAGAACUUCAACUGCAAACUGAUGAGCUCGUCAAAGAAGGACGAGAGCAGCAGGAAGUGCACAGGUCAGGAGCGUAUCGGCGUUGAUUCCAAGUAUGAGCAGGAGGGUAAAGUCCAGUUUGUGAUCGACGCGGUGUACGCCAUGGCCCACGCCCUCCACAACAUGCAGAGGGAUCUGUGUCCGGAGAUGUCGGGCAUCUGCCCUGAGAUGGACCUGGCUGGAGGGAAGAAACUGCUCAAGUACAUCCGCAGCGUCAGCUUCAACGGAAGUGCUGGUACUUCAGUGACAUUCAACCGGAAUGGCGACGCCCCCGGACGCUACGACCUCUUCCAGUACCAGUGGAACAACAUCACAGGUCCAGGCUACCGCGUGAUUGGACAAUGGACGGAGACCCUGCAGCUCAACAUCGAGGACAUGCAGUGGCCCCGAGGGGAGCAGGACAUCCCCAGCUCCGUGUGCAGCCUUCCCUGUAAAACCGGAGAGAGGAAGAAGGUGGUGAAGGGCAUGCCCUGCUGCUGGCACUGCGAGCCCUGCGACGGCUACCAGUACCAGCACGACGAGUUCACCUGCAAGCUCUGCUCCUACAACAUGAGGCCCAACGCCAACCGCACAGCCUGCCAGCCUAUACCCAUCAUCAAACUGGAAUGGCACUCCCCCUGGGCCGUGAUUCCCGUUUUCCUGGCAAUGCUCGGCAUCAUCGCUACAAUCUUCGUCAUGGCUACCUUCAUACGGUACAACGACACACCGAUCGUCCGGGCGUCUGGCCGAGAGCUGAGUUAUGUCCUCCUGACUGGGAUAUUUUUAUGUUACAUCAUCACAUUCCUCAUGAUCGCCAAGCCAGAUGUUGGCGUGUGCUCGUUCAGGAGGAUCUUCCUGGGCCUGGGGAUGUGCAUCAGCUACGCCGCCCUCCUCACCAAAACCAACCGCAUCUACCGAAUCUUCGAGCAGGGCAAGAAGUCAGUGACGGCACCCCGGCUGAUCAGCCCCACCUCACAGCUGGCAAUCACCUCCAGCCUCAUCUCGGUGCAGCUGCUUGGCGUGUUCAUCUGGUUCGUGGUGGAUCCGCCAAACACCAUCAUAGACUAUGACGAGCAGAAGACCUUCAACCCAGAUCUGGCACGAGGAGUGUUGAAAUGUGACAUCACGGAUCUUCAGAUCAUCUGUUCGUUGGGUUACAGUAUCUUAUUGAUGGUGACGUGUACUGUUUACGCCAUAAAGACCCGCGGGGUCCCGGAGAAUUUUAACGAGGCCAAGCCCAUCGGGUUCACCAUGUACACCACCUGCAUCGUAUGGCUCGCUUUUAUACCCAUCUUCUUUGGCACAGCGCAGUCAGCAGAGAAGCUGUACAUCCAGACGACCACGCUGACCAUCUCCAUGAACCUGAGUGCGUCUGUGGCCCUCGGGAUGCUCUACAUGCCCAAAGUCUACGUCAUCAUCUUCCACCCGGAGCUCAACGUGCAGAAGAGGAAACGUUCCUUCAAAGCCGUCGUCACAGCCGCCACCAUGUCGUCCCGACUCUCCCACAAGGCCAGCGACAGACCCAACGGAGAGGCCAAGACAGAGCUGUGUGAGAACGUCGACCCCAACAGUCCAGCAGCAAAGAAGAAAUAUGUGAGCUACAACGACCUUGUGAUGUGACGGCGUCGGAGCGAUGGGCUGAAGAGAGAGAGAGGAGAGGCUGAUAGUUGGAGAUGUUUCGGUCUCCUGCCCUGCUGGCUAAAAACAAGAACAAAGAGAAAAAAGAGAGACGAAGAGAAGGAUGUUUUUUGUUGUUGUUGUUUAGUUUUUUGGUCUCACGUGCUUCAUUGCCCACUACAGACUUUCAGACGCUGAAGCAAAGCCUUGUGGGACUUUCCUUUGGGCACUCACACACACACACACACACACACACACACAAACACACACACACACACACACACACACACACACAUACAUUCAGUUGGUCAAAGAGACGCGAGGACACAAAGACAGUGUUCAAAUCUCGGGGAUGUUGUUCAGAAAAUAAAAAAUCUUUUUUGUUUGUGAUGAUGAUGAUGAUGAUGGUACUGAGAACAAACAUGGCAGACGUCUCGCAGCCUCACGGGGCUUCAUGUUGAUCCUCUCCUGCUGUUGAUGUCAAACGAAGCCGCCGUCAUCUCGGCCUGACGUGACCUUUCUACGGAGCCCGCCUCCCGUUUGUCUUUUAAUGUACUUCCAAACUGUAAGUUUUCCAACCUUCCUGUCCUCCCACCUGUGGUUCUUUAUGGCUUCUAUGUUCCUUUGGUUGUUGGUUUGAUUUUAUUUGUCCUUUCAAAGGCAACGAUGGUCAUGACGCUGACGAUGAAUCUACUUUGUUCUUUGCUUCUUGGAUGCACAUUGUUUUUUAUUAAAGCCAUAUUCUUCGCUCUGAGAUUUUGAGGGCUUUGCUCACGCUGCUCCCUGGAAUCUGAUUGUUGCCGCAUGAACCUCCCGAAAGGCCUCGAAAACAUGUUUUCAGCUUCCUACAUGAGCACGUUAGAUUACAGCACGCAAGGUAGUAUAACGAGUGUCAUUAUUAUCAACAGUAAACAUGAAAGAAAUUCAUAUUAAUGGAUUUUUUCACUUUUAUUAUUAUUAUUGUAACAUCUACUGGGGUGAUCAUGCUCUACAGAAAUACAGUUCCCAUAAUGCUUUGAGGGUUUCUAAAGCGGAAGUAGUAUAAUGCAGCCAUGGAAUCAGUCAGUGCGUUUCCAUGACAUCAGAGGAAAUGAUUUAUUGUGCCAGUCUUUAUAAAUCCCUGUAAACAUGUCAGUGUGAGUGAAAUGGUCCUGCAGUGAAUGUGUCACAGUGGGACUAACACACCCAGAUCAUGUGACGCCUGCAUGUAUACAGUCAAUCAGACCCAAACUGGCCGAGGCGCUCUGAGCAUGCUCCACAGUUUCCGGACGGGCGGACUUCUUCCUCCGUAUCAUGAGCAUCAACAGACGGCAAUGUUUUUAAUCAGCAUUUUAAAGUGGAAGCUUUUCAGCGAGCUAACGCUGCAGCUAGGAACAAACAUCUAUGACCCAUCAUCUGUUUGAUCAUCUGAACAAAGAAUGUUUCCCUGCAGUCGUCCUCCUACAAUGAGCUGUGGUGACAGUUAUUACUCUGUAUUGAUAGUGUUAGCUAGCGAGCCACUGCACCAGCUAGUGGAAAAGCUUUAUACUUCCACUUUAAACAAGUAACUGUGAACUCAAGGCUCACAUUGUUUUACAACAACGAUCUGAAAUAUGUAUUUAGUUAUCUCCAUCUGCAUCCAUCAGCUCUCCGACUCUGCAGGUGGAUGUUUCUCUGUUCCUAUAAUAUCCAUACAGACGGGAAGUCACUCACUGUAAACAUAUGAUGCAAAAUGUCUUAACUUUAACCCAUUAUAACCAGUGUGAAACACAGACACAUGAAUCACUGUGUGGUGGGCAACAUCGGUGAUGCACAACACAUUUAAACACAGUUUUAUUAAACACAUUGGGUCUCAUGCAGCAACAUUCUCUUAAAUUGGCCAAAACUCUGAGUGUGCUGAGCAGCUGAAGGUGUGGAGGCACAGGUUUUGACCGGCAUGUGUUUUGCACAAGUUCUGGCUCCAGAGUGUUGCACACAUCCAGAAGUAUAAGGUGUGGUAAUCUGAAGCAGCUGAGCAGCCAUUCAUCCGUCUCUGCAAAAACAUCGGCACGAUCUCUAAAAAGGUGCUCUCUGUAAAGCCUGGUUGGCCACAGCACCCACAGCAGCAGGUGAGCCAUUGUUCAGGUGCAGGACUCGUGAGAUAAUCCCAGGGUAUUUAUAGUUUUGACUGGGUUCAAUUAACCAAUAGGAUUUUUGAAUUAAAAAAUAAAUCAUUAAAAGUCAUUUAAAGCAUAUAAUAAUCUACAUUAUAUUAUAUAAUCUGUUUUCUUAUGUUCCUGAAAUAAAAAACGUGUUUCUGCGCAUUCGACAAGCAAUCUAUGAGCUGUGUAAACACAAUGAUUUUCUCUUAUCUUGGUGAGAGUGCUCUCAACUCGUAAAUUUUGUUCUUACCCAAGAGAAGAGCAAAAAUAAGAAAACAUUGGUGAAUCACAGAAGUCAGUGGGUGCUAACAAAAUAACAGAAAAUCAAGGAUACGAACAAAGAUAAGAGAAAAUUCAUCCGUAAAUCGUUUCUUGCAUGAGGCCCAUUGUGUCACAGCAUGCUGGGAAGCUACGCCCAUUUAGCCCCAACAUGCCACAGUAUGUUAAGUGCACAGUGACAGUGUUGUUUAUCCACUGCAAACUAAUGAGGCAAAAUCAGCUUCAUACAUUUUAGUCAAAUUAAGUCAAAAUUCUUCUUGAAUUAACAAAAAAAACCUAUGUCAAACUCACAGUGAUGUGUUUUUAUGUCACUUUGACGAUCAGGGACAUUUGUGUAGACUUGACAUUGAAAUAGAUUGGAGGUUUACAGUGUAUGAUGCUGUUUUAACCUAAAUUUAAUCGUCUUUAUUUUCUGAUCCAAAUGCUGGUUUUAAGCCUGUUUGGCAAAGUGUUGUCACAGCGAAGAACACGUCUGAACUCCCUCAGAAUGUUCAUUCAAAUAAACACAAGAAGUUUGUGCUCUAGAAAAGGAUCAGCACUCAGUGAAUAACCUCCUAAGCCCUACGAUAAGCUAUUAUGGCAAGGCUUAACUAUACAGACCAGUGAGCAGUGAUAACUAGCAUGUCUUUGGGGUCAUCGGGUGGGAACCUCCUUUCACCAGUGUUUCAUCUAGUUGGUCCCACGACACCUCCAGGAGGCUAGACAGUGAUCUCUGGCGUCCCAGAGACACUCCCCUAAUGCCAGGUCUCACUGCUCCCCGCACCAACCCAAUAACCUCCUUUACCUUACUUACACAUGGCUUUCUCAGCCCAAACAGCACUGCCACCUUCAACAAACCCAGGCUCCGUACAUGCGAGCUCCAGGUAGAGACAGUGCUGAUACUACCUUUCCUAGCACAUUCACCAUACUCUAUUUCACACACUACAUAGCAUAACUACAAUAUAAGCUAAAGUUAAAGGAGAUAAAUAAACUUACAGGAUCAGCAAACACACUCACCUUGCAGCAUGGUCUCAAACAAAAGGGAUUCAAAUAGGCCACUCCCACACUUAAAUAACCUUCCUUUUCCUGGAUUUCCUCCUGAGAGGAAGUGGAUCUCUCCACCUGAUCUCAAGGAGUUAUGUACUCUGUGUAAUUUAGCUGACAAACAAAAAAGAGAUCUGUGUGAGAUUGUAAGAGAAGUUAUGAGCCUCUGAGGACCCGUAGUUCUUCAGGUUGAAAAUUCCUGCAUGAUAACGUAACAGCACAUCAUCAAAACAAGCUGAUGCUGCUGAGUAACGUUAGCGCUGCUGUGCCGUCUCCAAACAUUCAGAGUUCACUACAACACAUUAAAGCGUUAGUGGCUGCAGGACUCUGGUGUCAUGAUCAGUUUAUUGAAUCAUAUCUGUAGUAAAUCUAAUAGUGUCUCCUAGGUGAAGCAUUCACAGGCUGACUCCGCCCCCGACACGCCCCCUAACUGUGACUGACUGUGUCCAGGCUUCAGGUCAGUUUGCUCAGUUAGGAAUCGGAACCAACAGCUUUGAUCUCCUCCAUGAUCUGUGUGUCUCUGCUGCAGCUCCAGCUGCUGACACACUUCCUGUUUUACCUGCGCACACCUGUCACUCUGACCUCACACAGUACCGUUACCUCACACGUCUCCCUCCUCAGGGGGAGGCGCCUCACAGUUUGAGAAACUCUAAGAUUUGAAGCCAUGUUUUCAGGAUCUUUAACCACCGAAGAUCAGGAAUGUGGACAUGAGGCCACGUUGCCUCUGAACUUUAAGUGCUCUCUUACUGAUGGAGCGGGAGCAACGUGUGAAGCCGCCAUUUCCUCAGAAAUGUGUGCCAGAAAUUGGAGCUGUGAACUUUUCAUGGCCAUCCAAAAAUACACAGGUGAGACGAUGAUUGAAGAAUCAGAGAUCAGUUUGGUUUGUGAGUCAUUUGACGUGGUAAAAAUCAGAUUCCUCGGCGCUCUGCGGAUGCAAAGCAAAAAAAAAAGAAAAAAAAAAAGAAAGAAAAAAAGGCCGUCGUGUUUUUAAAGGCCUUUUUGUUCAAACUGUGUGUGGUCUCAUGCUGAUGACAGCAUCCCCAUCCCAACAUGUGUGUUCCUUCUCCACUCGCACAUACAUGAUGACUUCUCCAGUAUUUUGUAGGUGUCUGAUGCUGACGAUGACGACGAUGAUGAUGCUGAUGAUGAUGACGAUGAUGAUGACCCUUAUCUGUGUUGUAGCCGACUUUAAAAGAACCCUCUGCGGUCCGGACGUCACUGGUUUGUGCUGAGUAUCUGGUGAUUUAACGGACUGCUGAUCUGACAAAGGUGUUGAUGUGGAGGUUGUCAAUGCAUGCCUGAUAUGUUCGAUGUUGAAUCUGAAAAAAAAAAAAAAAAAAGAAAAACAA